UCAUCGCAACUGUCAUGAAUCAAAUUUAGGCACUACAAUUCCCAAAUUAAGUUGAAUAAUAACAGAAACUUGUGGCAACCAAGAAAAACCAAAAGAGAGAUUUUUGCAGAGCCUCUCAAAUGGCCCUCCACACGUCUGGUUUUUUCUUUCAAUAAAACAUCCCCAUGGUUCAAUUUUGUAAUGCCAUUUCCUAUUAGCAGCCUUGGGUCGCUCCAAGGUUAUGACGGGCAUGAAAACACUAUCAACCAUGCAGGCCUCGGGCUGCUUCCUAGCGCUUCUCCUUUUGUCUCUCUUGCCAUCUUUCUCUUAUGCUCUAUCCGAUUCCGAAGUUGCAUUCAUUGCUCGUCGCCAACUCUUAACUCUUCCUGAGAACGGUGAUCUGCCUCAUGAUUAUGAAUAUAAUGUGGAACUUAAUCUCACGUUUGAGAAUUCCAGGCUCAGGCGUGCAUACAUUGCACUGCAAGCGUUGAAACAUGCCAUUUAUUCAGACCCGCUGAAAACCACCCAGAAUUGGAAAGGCCCGAAGGUUUGCAAUUACAAGGGAGUUUUCUGCGCACCGGCUGUUGACUAUCCGAAGUUGAUGGUUGUUGCUGGCAUUGAUCUUAACCAUGCUGACAUUGCUGGGUAUCUCCCUGUUGAGUUGGGUCUAUUGACUGAUCUUGCUCUGUUUCACAUCAACUCUAAUAGAUUUUGUGGAAUUAUUCCCAAAAGUUUCUCAAAGCUUAUUCUUCUGUAUGAAUUGGAUGUUAGUAACAACCGUUUUGUUGGCCCUUUCCCAGAUGUUGUAAUAUCAUUACCCUCGCUUAAGUUCCUUGAUUUAAGGUACAAUAAUUUUGAAGGGGAAUUGCCGUCCGAGCUAUUUGAAAAGGAGUUGGAUGCAUUGUUCUUGAACAACAAUAGAUUUGUAUCUAACAUUCCUGAAACUUUGGGGUCUUCUCCAGCUUCAGUCAUUGUGGUUGCCAACAACAAGCUCUCAGGUUGUAUUCCUGACAGCAUUGGCAAGAUGUGCAACACCUUGAACGAGAUUAUCUUCGCGAACAACAACCUCUCUGGAUGCUUGCCGUCUGAGAUUGGAAUGCUUAGGAACGUAACAGUCUUGGAUGUUGCCUCAAACUCUUUCAGCGGAGUGUUGGCAAAGACAUUUAAAGGGCUUGGAAAAGUUGAACACUUCGAUGUUGCCCAUAACAUGCUGACAGGUUUUGUUUCGGACGACAUUUGCCGCUUGCCAGGCUUGAACAACUUCACAUUUUCUCACAACUAUUUCAAUGGUGAGGCUAAAUCAUGCGAGCCAUCCAAGGGGAGGGGCAUUGUGUUGGAUGACACUAGCAAUUGCCUGCCAGAUAGGCCUAAGCAGAAGUCAGCCAAGGAAUGUCAUUCAGUAGUAAGCCGACCAAUUGACUGCAGUAAGUCAAAAUGUGGUGGUUCUUCGUCACGUCGUCCAAGUCCUCCGGCUAAGAAGAUUUCGCCACCGUCACAAAAAGCAACAUCAAAACCAGAACCACCAAAAGAACAAUCGCCUAAAGAGCAACCUCCUGAGCCAAAACCAACCGUGAACCCACUUCCAAAACCUAGUCCAACCACCGUUCCUAACCCUCCAAAAAUAGCAACACCACCACAAGUUCCGGUAGAAGAACCUCAUGGUGAAGCACCUGUUAAAAGGCAGUGGUCUCCACCACAACAAUCGCCACCAGCGGUUGUUCAGUCUCCAACACCACCAAAGCCUCUGGCCCCGGCAUCAACACCAGAAGAUCCCCAUAGAGAAUCACCCAUUAUAUGGCAUCGAUCCCCACCUCUUCCGAUACAAUCACCACCACCUCCAGUCCACUCUCCACCGCCACCGGUCUAUUCUUCACCACCACCACCACUAAUAAGUUCUCCGCCACCUCCAGUUCACUCGCACCCACCAACGCCUCUAGCCCCGGCACCAACACCAGAUGAUCCUCAUAGAGAAUCACCUAUUAUUGUAAGGCAUCCAUCUCCACCACCUUCCAUUUACUCCCCACCGCCAUCAGUCUAUCCACCACCAAUAAGUUCUCCGCCACCUCCAGUUCACUCAUCACCUCCAAAGCCUCUAACCCCGACACCAACAUUAGAAGAUCCCCAUAAGGAAUCACCUAUUAUAUGGCAUCCAUCCCCACUUCCUCCAGUACAAUCUCCAACGCCUCUCAUCCACUCGCCAUCGCCACCAAGCUGUUCUCCACCACCACCACCAGUAAGUUCUCCAUCACCUCCAGUACACUCACCACCACCAAAGCCUCUAGCCCCAGCACCGACACCAGACGAUCCCCAUCGAGAAUCACCCAUUAUUAUAAGGCGUCAAUCUCCACCACCUCCCAUCUACUCCCCACCGCCACCAAUAUAUUCUCCACCACCACCUGUACUCUCUCCUCUGCCACCUGUUCAUUCACCACCGCCGCCACCACUAGAUGAUCCCCAUAGAGAAUCACCCAUUAUUGUAAGGCGUCAAUCUCCACCGCCUCCCAUCUACUCCCCACCGCCACCAAUCUACUCUCCACCACCACCACCUGUACUCUCUCCUCCACCACCAAUCUAUUCUCUACCACCACCACCACCACCACCACCACCACCUGUACUCUCUCCUCCACCACCUAUUCACUCACCACCACCAGUCCACUCUCCACCAGACGAUCCCCAUAGAGAAUCACCCAUUAUCAUAAGGAGUCAAUCUCCACCGCCUCCCAUCUACUCCCCACCGCCACCAAUCUAUUAUCCACCACCACCUGUUCAUUCACCACCGCCGCCACCACCAAUCCACUCUCCCCCACCACCGGUUUUCUCUCCUCGGCCACCAAUCCAAUCUCCACCUCCACCUUCUCCUACUCCUGUCCCUGUCUUUGAGCCACUGCCAAACCAAGAAAUAGUUCUGCCACCAAAUCUCGGCUUCCAGUACUCAUCACCGCCCCCGCCAAUUUUCCCAGGAUACUAAUCGCUGCACUUCAGCUGCUUCCUUUUACUUUUGAAUCCUUUUUAUAGUUUUACAAUCUUACAACAUAAAUUCACUUGUGUUAGUGUCGUAGCUGGUAAAGUAAUUCAAAAAAAAAUGAAAAAGUAAUUCUCUGCAAUUCAAUAUCCAUCGGCAAAUUGUAUAUCUGAAAAUCUGAAAAAAUCAGAGUGAAAGUGAUGGCAACAACGUUGUCUCUUCAAUCA